GCCGGCAGCUCCCGUCUCUCGCCGGGGCCCCCUGGCGUAGCGGUUCCCGCUCCGACGCCGCGGCUGGAGGCGGAGGAGGCCGCGGCGGCGCCGCCCGCCGGAACCAUGGCCCAGCCGGGCCCCAGCGCCCCGACGGACGGUAAUGGGGAAGCGGCCUCGCCGCGUCGAGCCGAGCGGCCUGCCCGAACGGCGCCGGCUGGGGACGUUGCUCUUCUACAACGGGUAGCAGAAUUGGAAAAGGUCAACGCAGAAUUUUUGCGCACAAAGCAGCAACUUGAGCAAGAAUUUAAUCAAAAGAGAGCGAAAUUUAAGGAGCUGUACUUGGCAAAGGAAGAGGACCUAAAAAGACAAAAUGCAGUGCUGCAGGCAGCCCAAGAUGAUCUGGGACAAUUGCGGACGCAACUUAUGGAAGCUCAUGCUGAAAUGGAAAACAUCAAAGCUAUAGCUACAGUAUCUGAGAAUACAAAGCAGGAAGCUAUUGAUGAGGUGAAGAGACAGUGGCAAGAGGAAGUAGCUUCACUACAAGCUAUUAUGAAAGAGACUGUUCGUGACUAUGAGCUCCAGUAUCAUCACAGGAUGGAACAGGAACGAGCGCAGUGGAAUCAGUAUCGCGAAAACAUGGAACGAGAAAUAGCAGAGUUAAGGAGACGACUGUCUGAAGGCCAAGAGGAGGAAAAUCUCGAAAAUGAAAUGAAAAAGGCCCAAGAAGAUGCUGAGAAGCUUCGUUCAGUUGUGAUGCCUAUGGAGAAAGAGAUUGCAGCAUUAAAGGAGAAGUUGAUAGAAGCUGAAGAAAAAAUAAAGGAGUUAGAAGCAUCAAAGGUUAAAGAACUGAACCAUUAUCUGGAGGCUGAGAAGUCCUGUAGGACAGACUUAGAGAUGUACGUGGCUGUUCUCAACACGCAAAAAUCUGUCCUGCAAGAAGAUGCAGAGAAGCUGAGGAAAGAGCUGCAUGAAGUCUGCCAUCUCUUAGAGCAAGAGCGACAACAGCACAACCAGUUGAAACACACGUGGCAAAAAGCCAACGACCAGUUCUUGGAGUCCCAGCGUUUGCUGAUGAGAGACAUGCAGCGUAUGGAGAUUGUGCUGACCUCUGAGCAGCUCCGACAGGUCGAAGAACUGAAAAAAAAAGAUCAGGAAGAAGAUGAUCAGCAGAGACUUAGCAAAAGAAAGGAGCAGAAACAGAAAGAUUCAGAUGAUGAAACAAAAGCUACGUGUUCUUUAGCCCACGAGGAAUCCCUUACCCAGUUCUCUAAUGAAGAGGUGCAUUUAAAUAGCACCCACAGCUCAGUCCAUUCGUUGGACGCUGACUUGCUUCUGUCUUCUGGUGAAUCAUUCAACAAAUCAGAAAACGAUAUGUUUAAAGAUGGACUACGAAGAGCACAGUCGACAGACAGUCUAGGGACAUCUGGAUCUUUGCAGUCCAAAGCUUUAGGAUACAACAACAAAGCAAAAUCUGCUGGGAACCUGGAUGAGUCAGAUUUUGGACCACUUGUUGGAGCAGAUUCAGUGUCUGAGAACUAUGAUACAGCUUCCCUUGGGUCUCUGCAAAUGCCUAGUGGGUUUAUGUUAACCAAAGAUCAGGAGAAAGCAAUCAAAGCAAUGACACCAGAGCAAGAAGAGACUGCUUCACUGCUUUCCAGUGUUACACAGGGAGUUGAAAGCGCGUACGUGUCUCCUAGCGGUUACCGCUUGGUGAGCGAGACAGAGUGGAAUCUGCUGCAGAAAGAGGUGAAAAAGCUGCAGGUGAUGCUGAGGCAGGCUAAUGACCAGCUGGAAAAAACAAUGAAAGAUAAACAGGAACUGGAGGAGUAUAUGAAACAAAGUGCUGAAGACUCCUCUAAUCAGAUCUCUUUGCUAAUGGUUAAAUGUCAGAAGUCAGAGAAUUUCCUCAAUGAGCUGCAGCAGGCGUUUUCUCAAGCAAAGAGAAGUGUGCAGGAGCAAAUGGCUGUCCUGACGCAGUCAAGGGAGCAGGUUUCAGAAGAGUUGGUGAGACUGCAGAAAGAUAAUGAAAGUCUUCAAGGAAAACAUAGCUUACAUGUGUCUUUACAACAAGCUGAAGAUUUCAUUCUACCAGAAGCAGCAGAGGAGCUCCGGGAGCUGAUUUUAAAAUAUCGUGAAGACAUCAUUAGUGUGAGGACAGCAGCAGAUCACCUUGAGGAGAAACUUAAGGCAGAGAUUUUAUUCUUAAAAGAACAGAUUCAAGCUGAACAAUAUUUGAAAGAGAACAUAGAAGAAACUCUACAGCUGGAAAUAGAGAAUUGCAAAGAGGAAAUCGCUUCCAUUUCCAGUUUAAAAGCUGAACUGGAAAGAAUAAAAGCAGAGAAAGAACAGUUAGAAAGUUCUUCACAGGAAAGCCUACAGCAGCUGGAGAGUCUGCAGGAAACAAAGAACACUCUGGAAGAACAGCUGAAGAAGGAAACAGCAGCAAAGGCAAACCUUGAGCAGCUGGUGUUUGAAGAGAAGAAUAAAGCUCAGAGGCUGCAGACUGAAUUAGAUGUCAGCGAGCAAGUGCAGAGAGAUUUUGUAAAGCUUUCUCAGACACUUCAGGUGCAGCUGGAGCGGAUCCGGCAGGCAGAUUCCCUGGAGAGAAUCCGUGCAAUCCUGAAUGACACAAAACUGACGGACAUUAAUCAGCUUCCUGAAACAUGACACCCUGAGGAGCGUGCUCCAAGGCUGCGUUUGGGGUUUUUAACUCAUCUUUAUAGCAACAUUAAUUAUUAUUUAACUCUAACUGAAAGAGCAGAAGACAACAGAGGGGAGCAAUGACUAAGUUUUGUUUCUAGAGGGGAAAAGGUUUCGUGCUGGGCAGGAAGAGAGCACAAGAGUGACUUGUUGUGUAGGAAGGAGAACUUUCUAAUGGAAACACUAAUGGGUGCGGUGUUUCAUGUUCCACUGAGUGGGAUCAGUCCUUACAUUCUGAAAAACUUCCCCUCUUUCAGCCAACUUCGUAACCUGAUGUAGAAUUUUGGAACAUUUACCCUCUGUUUUUUCCCUUUUUCCUUUCCCCCCCAAUACUGUGAUCAAAGUAGCUGCUGGAAACCAUAUUGUCCCUCCAAAACAUUGAAGAGCAAAGUGGUUGAAGUUUUUCUGUUUGAAUAGUCAGUAACAGUAUUCAGCUAGCAGAGAGAAUGAGGUGUAGAGUAUGCUGUAUGAAUAUUUUAUAUUAAAAUAUGACUUUAUUAGCAGGACACUGGAUAUUGAUCUUAUUUCAUAACUCAGUGUUGUAUUUUUUUUAACCAUUGACUUUGUGUUGAAGAAUAUGAAUGCUGCUGAAAUGUGAUGGUCACAAGUGAGCUGUGUGUCUCCUGAACAGAUAAAUGCCAAUCCAGAAAACUCUGAAAACUGUACUGAGAACGUAGCUCCUUGAAAUGCUUCCUCUGGAUUCUGAUCCUUAAAGAAAAGCACAAGAAAUGCACUGUUCUGUAAUCACUUUUCACAAAUGUAACUUAAAACCUGGAAUUACAGCUAGUUCUUUCUCAUCUUGAAAGCUGAGCAGUACCAGUAAUUCCUUCUCCACGUGAAGAAAAUAUGUUAGCAAAAACCCUGUGCGUUGUCUGAGUGCUGGCAAAGGGCAGCUCUGCUCUGGUAGGUGGCACCAGGCAUGGUCAAGGUAAGAUGUUAAACAAAGCAAAGUCAGUUUCACCCUCCUCUUCUGGGUCAGUUUUAAUAGUACCCAAAACAGUGAUGGCACUCUGUCACAGAGCACAAACUGCUGAAGCUGCAUUAUUCUGCUGGUUCAAGUUGGAAAGGUGCAGUGCAUCUCUUACUUAGAAGUACAGUAUUGUGUUAUUGCUCAGAGUUGAUUCGUACGCUGUCCUGUAUUUCUGUUAGCAUGCAUUUAAAUGACACUGUGUAACGGCUAAGGCAGGACAUUCUUGUGAUUGAUCAGGUUGUAGGUUUGGGAUUUUUAUAUGAGUAACACGAUGGUAACAUAAGCAUUCCUCCUUUUUCUCCUUUUAGUGGAGUUUCAUGCACGCAGUUGAAUAGGAACACUUUAAUGUACAGAUGUGGUAAUAGUGGUGGUGCAUAUUGAGUUCUUGGACUAGUCCCUAGCAAAGACUCAAUUCAAAGAGAAGAGGUUGAGAGAGCUUGUUAUUGUCCAGAAUUUAUAUCUUAAGCUUUCUGCUAUUGUUUACUGUUAUCUUUGCAUACCAUAGAUCUGGUGAUGAUGAAAAAAACAGAAGUGACAGAGAAUGCUCUGUACUGUAAUGCACAUAACUAUAUUUUGUUAGGUACUUAAACCCUAUUUUAGCAGUGUACGUCUGCUACUGACAUGAAGUUAAGACAGGUGGUUUUGGAGAGGAAUGCCUUAAAAACAGCCAAAAAGAAGCAUAUGAGCUCAGUUGCUUAUCAUUUAUUCGAAGAAAUAAGGCACCCUAGAAAUUAAUUUCUUUCAUAAUGCUGACACUUCAAACCCAUUCUUCUUACCUUAGUAACAACUAGAGUAAUAGAUGGCAGGGCUGUCAUCUUCCAAAUGUGUCCUUGUUUCAUUUAAAAGAAGUUGAAGUGUGACUUAGGUUCUUUAUCUUGGUACUUAGGUUCUUUAUCUCAGCAUUUACUGAACUGUGAGGUGAGAGCAGCUGCCUUCUGAUGCAGAAAUCUAAUAGCAGGUGUUUUGCAUUCAGUUUUCCAAGGGUUAGCAUUGUAUUCUGUUGAAUAAAAAUCUUGGGUGGGCUUUAUUAAGGAGCUGCAGACUGGAAGGCUUUUUUCCUGCAUUCUCUUCCUUCCAUAAAACUGACUCCUAACUGGUUACUGGUUGUUAACUUGUGCAGCAGUGAUUUAAGGAAGCCUGUUGUUUUCUGGUUAAACUACAAUGAUGACGUGCAUCUUCUGAGCAAGCUGAACGCUUGAGGAAUUGCACCUGAAGACACAUGCUGAAAAAGAACUUUUAGUUGAGUUUAUGGACUGUUUUUCUAAUGCAAGAGAACUGUUAAUGGCAUUUCAGCAUCCCUUUCUAGUCUGACUGUCAGUACCUAUCAUCAGCAGCCCCAUCUUCCUGCCUGUUCUUGCCUUCCCCUCAACCAUGGCCAUGGCUGAUCAUUUUGGACUCUGCAGGGCUGGUGAGGUUUUUCCUUAGUGAAUUUUUACAAAUGGCUUUCUGUAGCAUGGUGAUGUCAGAUUGCAGGUGAUGAUGGCUGCAGAGAGCCUUUCUGCAGUCCAUAGAGGAGAGCAGUUGAGGGAGAGAUCAGCCUGUGAUCAUUCAUAGACACAGCAACGAUUACAGCAGUUGCAGAAUGAAGUUGUACGUGUGUGUGUGUCCCUGUAUGCAUGCUUGUGUGCUUUUCCCAGUGGCCAGUGAUGGCCUGCAGGCCUGGUGUGAGGCUGGAGGUAUGUGCAGUAGGGCUCAGAAGGGACUAAUGAGCACUGAAAGGAGUGGUGCUGGCUGCUGAGUUCCUUGGCUGUGAACCAGCACUGCAUGUGUCACAGGAGUGACAUCCUUUGGUUUGGAGAGGAAGGAAAUACAGCGAUAUGUGAUUGUUUUCCUUUGUACCACCUUACUCCAUUGUGCACCCUUACCCCUGUUUUAGUACUAUGGCCAUUUUGAGGCUGAGUGAUCUUUUUCACCAACUGCUGGUCAUCCCUUUUAAAAAUUUAUUUUAAAAUUAGAAGCUUACCCAUCCACAGAAGUGGUGGGCGAUGCUACAACCAAAUGUCCUGCUGGGGAAGGAAAGCACGGCUUCAGAGGUGGUAACUCAAGCUUGGGCUGAACGCAAAUGUAAGAAGAUGUAAAGUGGCCUUCAAAAAAGAAAAUGAAAGUGCCAAAUUUGCAGAGCACUUAUUAAACCACUGUCAAUGGAGGGCAGUUAAAAACUCUUGCUGUAAAGCUGUAGAUGCUCACUCAGUGGAUUAUGAUGAUAUCGCUUAUAAUAAAUCAGAGACUAAACACUCUUCCCUCCAGUUCUUGGCUUUCUGGAGCUUGUUUUGAAUGGGGUGGUAGGUUCUCCUCACUCAGUAAGAGUUUGUGUUUUUUUAACAGGCACUAAUUCUAACCUGACAGUUCAGCUCUGAUACACAGUGAGUGGAUUAGAAAGCUGGAUUUUAUUUAUGCAGUCUGUAAAAGGGGCAAGAUCAAGUUUUGUAUGCAUUCCUAUACUUGUAUAGUCUUAAUCUGUACAAAAAGUGUUCUUGCAGCAUGUACGGUAACCUAGUUACCUAACAGGUAAUAACAGCCCUCCUUUCCUUACAGCUUUACUUUGGCACCUCUUGCCGUGCCACUUUUGUAGCAGUGCAGUACUACUUUUCAAAACUGAGCUUGACCACGUCACCUUUUUGAAAGGGGAAGUGUGGGAGGGAGGGGGAGGAACAAGAAUUACUUAUUGUCCACUGACGUUUGUCUACAGCAGAUAAUUGGCCUUUUAAUGUCAAGAGUGCCAGCUUUUGAGAAAGGCAAACUGAGUCUUUGGAAGUUAAUACUGCAUUCCAGUGAACCAAGCCAUUGGUGUCCUGUGCAAUUGUGGAUGUAGAAUUCUGCUGUCUACAGGAUUCAAGUGUAACCAUUUGUUAACUGUAUUGAAGGUGUGUCCUUUAUGAAGAAAGUGUUCCCAAUUAAAAAAAGCUGCUGAAGUGUACGCGCUUCUCUGGUCUUUCUACUCUGCCUUCUGCCACAGGCUUCCACUGCAGUCACUGUGCCAUGGAUCAAAGGCAGGAGAUGGCUCACAGACAAACCCCAGGCAGUUUUCUGAAGGAAACAGUGAUACCUUUUCCCUCACUUCUAAGCUAGCUGUGAGUAUUAACUAUCGUACUUCAGGUUUGAAAUAGCCUGCUGCACUGUGUCCUGCCAGGAGAAAUGCAAAGACCACAGCAUGUGAGGAGUCUUAUGAAAAGUAUUUUAAUUCAUAAUUGAUCUUUACAAAAUAAUAAAGAAAAGACAUAUUGUUCAGUGUAUGAAUGUUGAAUAUAUGUAAGGAGAAUUACUACGGAAUAAUGAAAACUUAUCCAGCCUUUUAUUGUAGGUUUAUUCUCUUGGAGAUGUUAGAAGUUCACGUGGCCUCUGAUGUCAUUGAUCUGCUUUACCAUUUCCCUUAUGCGUUCUCCCCUUCAAGAAAAAUAAAUUCAAAUAAAAAAGCUGCAAGUCA